AUGCCUUCCGCCUACGGCCUCUUCUUGUUUGCCAUCUUGACGCAAACAGCCACCCAGGGAAAACCUGAUCUCCCUUACCAGGUUACUGCUGACUAUCCACCCAGGUGUUAUGAAGGCCCUGGUCCAGGUGAUGGAAGCAACAUUACCGAUCUUCAAGCGCCGUGCUGCAUUUACAACAUGAAGGGAUACACAUUCGAUGGGGUUCAUAGAGAAACUGCCGGUAUCAUACUCGGAACCAACAGGCCUAAUUCAUCUAGCAUCAUGCAAAUGAACGUCACUUUGAUGCUUAACCUCUCCCUGCCCUAUCCCGUACUCCUUGGUGUCGAAAUUAAGACGUCUGGUGUGGCUUACAUGAGUGUCGGAGAUGAAACCCGAACAAUCUACUUGACCAUAGGCCAAAUCAACAUGAAUCACUCCUAUGGCACUGGAAUGCCUGUCAACGUUCCGAUUAUUGAGGCUGGUUGGUUCCCUAACAAGGUGAAAACUUGGGCGAGCAGUUCUAUAAAAGGUCCAGCUGAAGACUACGGGCUGCGGAUAAGUGCUUUAUACAGCCCCUGGACUAAUGCAGUCGGUGCCAAGUUAGUCUCAUCAGUACAAAUUUACAUGAUGAAGAGCAGAAAUGGUUGGGACUACAAGUUCGAGUAUCUCUUAAAAGAUUCGGCUCAUAAACUCCGAGAUUACCACAAGUAUGCUAUCCUCGGUAAUUUGCAGGACAAUUUUAUAGUGUGA